AGUGUCGUUUUUUAAAGUUUUGCCCUGAGCAGCGGUUACGUCGGUUAAUUUCCUACUUAUACAAUACAGCCUGUCGUCCUAUGAUACAUACCGAGUUAAAUUCAUUUCCCUUCUGGGAAAAUUUGAAAUCCCGUACGCUUUUGUGGGACAGAACAGAAGCACCUGAACUCCGUCCCGUUUCGUUAACCCAGAGCUUCGCUCGUGUCUCCUUUGGCCAAACUCUCCGUUUACAUUUCCGGUCACUGGCUUUUCUUGUUAUGUCAGAAGCUUCAAGGGGGAUGCUCACUGGAGCUGAACACACUAAUGUAGGACCAGAUUACUUUGGUUACUAUAUAGGUAAAGUAGUGGAGCUCUUAUCACAGGAUGAUGAUUUUCUGCCUUUUGCUUCCCAAUCAUUCGACUUAUCUGCAAAAAAAAGUGGGGAGGUCAUAGGGAACGAUACAACUGAGCCCAGCAAGAAUGUUUCUGGUUCUUUAUUUAGUAACAGCAUAGGAACUGGACUUUCAGACUUAAAAAAAGAAAGAUUGAAGGUAUUGCUGCGGCAGGGGGUGAUUGUUCUGUCACCACAAGUUGAUGAGAUGCUGGAUCCUAUUCUAUCUCUUGUUCAGUUACAUGCCCAAGUAAGAGGGAGAAAGUAUCCAUCGAGUCAUACAGGUGCAGCAUAUGAUGGUGAUGCAGGGCAGGUUCCGCAUAAGAAACUCAAGGUUACAGAAAGCCCUAGGGAGAGUGCUUGUCUGGAGGUGCCUAAGGGAAAGGAGUCUCAUUUGGAAUCAAACAUAGGCUUUGAGGAUGACAAUGGAGAGGUGGAUAAUGUUUUGCAGUCCUUUCUAGAAAAUGAUAGCUUGGAGUUUGAGGAGAUAGUGAAGAAAUAUUCUGAUGAACUAUCUGAAACAUUAAGGCACAUGGAGCAGCAGCUUGAGGAGCUUCUUGAUACUGUACUGUCCAGUUGCAGGCAGGGCCCUUCAGACUCACCCAUGUAUAGUAAACCCCGGUCCCGUACACCGCACCCUCAGAAGUUUCCCUACACGGACUGGCCUAUGACUCUUACUGAGAAGCAGCAGCUCCGUAAACUGGUCCAGAAGCUACCACCAAAAAAUCUUGACCGCAUAGCAGAAAUCAUCCGACGUGGCAAGCCAACAGAAGCACAGUCGUGUGAAGAAAUUUUAGUCGACCUCGAAAAAGAGGUAAAUAAAAUGCGUGAACAUUUUAUAUGGAUUUUAUUUAGAAUCUCUAAUCCUUCAAAGAAUGUUGUACAGGAUAAUAGAACACUUUGGAGACUGUACUACUACGUUGAAGCAGUUGAAAAGGCCAGAGUGCUCGCGUUGUAGCUCAAUCUUUCUCAUUAGUGUCAAUAGUCUCGGAAGUCUGCCAUGUGAUCACAGCACAGUGUAGCUUAAUCUCAAUGAAGCGGUGUCGUACCUUUAUGAGAUGAAAUGGCCCAGUGAGGGCCACAUUCUGUUUGUAAAAUCUUAGUCAAUAGAGGAUCAGAUUUUCUUCUUACCCCGAAAAAAGGUGUAAAGGUAUUACAGUCAUAAUGACUCAUCACAAUUAUUUUUGUAGAGACUUUUAGUGAAGGGCUAAGAGCCCUUUAAAUUCUAAUUGGAUUAGUCAUAUUGUACUUUUAUGUAAAA